AUGAGUUUUUCCUGGGCUGCCAACCGCACUCCUCCAGCGAUGGACCCGGAUAUCGGCGCACCCACCGACUGGGAUGUUCCAGGAGUGACAUACGCAAUCCUCCAGGCUCAACAAGCUUCCUCUCCAGUGGUCUUUCCUUCUCACUGUUCUCCUCCACGCCUCUCCACCUUUCCCAUCCCUCCUUCAUCCCAUCCGUCCCCUACUCCUACCGCCGACUUCCCCUCGCUUUUCCCAACUCUUCCCUCCUCCUCCUCCCCCCAAUCCCGCGAUCCCGCCGACCCUCCGCCAGUCGUUCCAUUCUCCCCAUCGUCUCCCUCUCUUCGCGCCGCUUCGACGACAUCUGUGGCUCCACUAAUUGGCCCUUUUGACGAUCUCUUCUCUCCCCGACUCUCGCUGCAGCAAACCACCGGUCUUUGUGCGCCCGGUAACAUUACACGGCGACCCAACCCGAAAACAAUUCUUUGCGACGAACAACCAGUAGAAGCCCCCGUUGAACAAGCUCCUCCGACCGAGUUUCUCCCUCGACCACCAUUUUUCGAAGAUUUGAGACGCGACUCGCCCCCCUCGCCCCAAGGGGCCUCAACCUUCAAGAUGAGCACCGACGCCGGAAAAGAGCUGUUGGACUUGCUGAAGAACCCCUUCAGUUCUCAGCUCGCCAAGAACUCAGUCUGGGCUGCUCUGGGCACCUCACUCGGUGUCACUGUCGGUAUCGCCGUCACCUUCUCCUUUCUUCGACCGUACAAUCAGUCCGUUUAUGCGCCCAAGUUGAAGCAUGCCGACGAGAAACAUGCUCCGCCGCCCAUCGGCAAGAAGAUCUGGUCCUGGAUCCCGCCGCUAUGGAAUACGACCGAGGAUGAGCUGGUGCACCACGUCGGCAUGGACGCAACCGUAUUCCUCCGCUUCGUUCGCAUGUGCUUAUACAUCUUCGCGACCAUCUCUGUGUUUGGCCUUGGAAUCCUCAUUCCCACCUACCUCAGCACUGCAGAGAGCAGUUCGACCAAGGAUAGAUCCUGGAUCGACUUGAUUACUCCCAUUGCAGUAUGGGGCAAUGCGUACUGGGCACAAGUCGCAGUUGCGUAUAUCAUCACCUUUGUUGUUAUGGGCUUCUUGUGGUGGAACUACCGCAAGGUCUUGCGCCUCCGACGCAAGUAUUUCGAGAGCGAGGAGUACCAAAACAGUUUGCACGCCCGGACCCUCAUGAUGUACGAUAUUCCCAAAGCCAAAUGCUCCGACGAAGGCAUCGCGACCAUCAUCGACGAAGUUGUGCCGGCCUCAUCCUUCUCUCGCACCGCCAUCGCCCGUAACGUCAGGGAACUCCCCAAGCUGAUUGAGCAACAUGACCAUACCGUUCGCAAGUUGGAGGUGGUACUGGCAAAGUAUAUGAAGAAACCCGACCAACUCCCGGCUGCCAGACCGAUGUGCAAGCCCUCCAAGAAGGACCCGUCUUUCGCGACGUAUCCCAAGGGACAGAAGGUCGACGCUAUCGAAUACCUGACACAGCGCAUCAAGGAGCUCGAACUGUUGAUCAAGGAGGUUCGACAGAGUGUCGACAAGCGAAGCACCAUGCCCUAUGGCUUUGCCAGUUACGCAGAUAUUGCAGAGGCGCACAACAUUGCCUACGCCAGCCGCAAGAAGCACCCGCACGGCGCAACAAUCACCAUGGCCCCGCGCCCGAACGAUAUUCUGUGGGAUAACCUGGUCCUGACGCCCUCGAUUCGUCGCACAAAGCGUAUUGUGAACAACCUCUGGAUCGCGUUGCUUACCAUUGUCUGGAUCGCUCCCAACGCCAUGAUCGCCAUCUUCCUCAUCGACCUCAACAACCUCGGCAAGGUCUGGCCCGCCUUCCAGACGGAACUUCAAACCAAUCCCGAAUGGUGGUCCAUUGUCCAAGGUAUCGCAUCUCCUGGUUUGAUGUCGCUGGUCUACCUCGUCCUGCCCAUGAUCUUCCGUCGACUCUCGAUGAAAGCUGGAGAUCAGACCAAGACGGGUCGUGAGAGGCACGUUUUGGCCAAGUUGUACGCUUUCUUCGUGUUCAACAACUUGAUCGUGUUCUCGCUCUUCAGCACCGUUUGGUCGCUUGUGUCGGCUAUUGUGAGCGAGACUAGCGAAAAGAGCGUCGAUGCCUGGCAGGCCAUUAUCGAUCAAAACUUGGCAACCACCAUCUUCACGGCGCUUUGCUCAGUCAGUCCCUUCUGGGUCACUUGGCUCCUCCAGCGCAACCUUGGUGCUGCCAUCGAUCUCGCCCAGCUUUGGAAACUCAUCUACAGCUUCUUCGUGCGCAAAUUCUCGAGCCCGACGCCCAGAGAGCUCAUUGAGCUUACGGCACCUCCCACCUUUGAGUACGCCUCUUACUACAACUACUUCCUCUACUACGCGACAGUUGCACUGGGUUUCUCUGGCAUCCAGCCCUUGGUUCUUCCUGCCGCCGCGUUGUACUACGGAAUCGACUACUGGCUCAAGAAGUACCUCUUGCUCUACAUCUUCGUCACCAAGACUGAGUCCGGAGGCAUGUUCUGGCGCGUGCUCUUCAAUCGCAUGCUCUUUGCCGUCUUCCUAUCCAACUGCGUCUUCUUCCUCAGCUCAUGGGCGCGAGCCGACUGGGCCUACCAUAGCCAGGCCUUCGCCAUUAUCCCUCUGCCCAUUUGCUUGAUCAUCUUUAAGGUCGUCUGCUCCCGAUUGUACGACGACAAGAUCCAUUACCUCUCGACCACCAACGUUGCCAAGCACCCCGAGGCUGGCGUGAUGAAGGAAACUCGCCUUCGCAGUGAGCGCUUGGCUUCGCGUUUCGGCCACCCGGCCUUGUACAAGCCUCUCAUCACUCCGAUGGUGCAUCAAAAGGCCCAACCUUACUUGCAUGUCGUGUACAAGGGUCGCCUUUCGGACGGAAGAGAUGUCAACACUGUUGACAUGAUGAGUGUUUCUGGAUACUCGGAUGUGUAUGCGUUGGAUCCCAUGAAGUCUGGCAAGCCUGGCAAGUCAGCCGGUAUUCCCGGUUUCGAGUUCGUUUCCGAGUCCAACCUGGAUUUCGAAUUCUACAAGAACAGAGCGGAAUUCGCAGAGGAGCAUGGCCAAGGCGACAUCUUUGGAAGGGAUCCUGACAUCAUGCGCCCCGGCACCCCUGGAUCAAUGUCCGAUUUCGGCUCUCGCCCCGGAACGCCCACGAAUGCUGCUUUGCAGGGCGGCAUGACAGGUCAGCGCCGCGACAUGUCCGGUUCUAGGCCUACUCCGCCUGCCGGGUACAUGUCGCCAACUGGAAGCGGCCGUCAGUCCCCUACCAUGGGACCGCCCCAAGCUGGCUUCGCUCAGCAAGCGACCAUGGGCGAGCGGUCCCGUAGCCCCCUGUACACCAUCAACAGCAACGGCAGUGACACGGCGCUCGUGAGAAAUGCCGCGGGCAUGCCAAUGAGCGCACCCACGGGUGGACCGAGUGUCGGCGCCCUGGGCGGCGGACCGAGGGGAUAUAGUGGACUUCCUCAGGCUGACGCCGAGACGCCCGACCCGGACCCGACCCAAUACGACUACUUCCGUGGAGCGAAGGGUUGCCUCGCGGUCCGGGAUCUGGUCUCCAUGAUCCCCCAUCAUCUCGACCGGGCCCUGUUUGUACUUUUUUCCUCAUUCAUCAAAAUGGUAAUGAUCAAAGAGACGAGACAUAGACUGAAGAUUUGCGUGGGACGAUGGUACAUAACGGUGCUCUCCCUCGAGCAAUUGUUUCCCCUGGCGCGAAGCUGGUAG